ACACGUUCUCCAACUGAAGCUACAACAAAGAAGAACCAGAGAAGAGCUGGUUAACCAGGGGAUCAUGCCACCACUGAAAAGUUCAGCUGCCUUCCACGAGCAGAGACGGAGUCUGGAACGAGCACGGACUGAAGACUAUCUCAAGAGAAAAAUCAAGACUCGACCGGAGCGAUCAGAGCUGAUCAGGAUGCACAUCCUCAAGGAGACGUCAGCGGAGCCGUCACUGCAGGCCAAGCAGCUGCAGCUGAAGAGAGCUCGCCUCGCCGACGACUUGAACGAUAAGAUCUCCCACCGGCCCGGGCCCAUGGAGCUGAUCCACAAAAACAUCCUGCCCGUUCAUUCAAGCAUAAAACAGGCCAUCAUAGAGACGCAGUUUCCGAAGGCUUCAGGUGAGAAUUCGUCUUGUGAUGAGGACAGUAAUGACAGUCUGUCUCCAGAACAGCCUGUGAGCCAGGACUCUCCUCUGGCACCGGGACCCCUGCCCUCUCCAGCAGACACACUGGCUGGAAGCAGCAUCCCUUCCCCAGCACAGGUUCCUCCUCCAGCUCCUCCUCUUCCCAUAGUUUCAGGAUCCUCUACAUCACUGAAGCUGACCAAUGGCACGGCGUCUAUAUCUGUCCAGAGAACAAGUGUUACUUCACAAAUCAAGACCCAGCCUAAACCGAACUCCGACCGCUCCGCCCAGAGACACAAGAAACCCAAGGACAACAAGCCAAAGAUAAAAAAACUGAAGUACCAUCAGUACAUCCCUCCUGACCAAAAGGGAGAUAAAGAGCCUCCUCCUCAUCUGGACUCAUCCUAUGCCAAGAUUCUCCAGCAGCAGCAGCUCUUCCUUCAGCUCCAGAUCCUCAGUCAGCAGCAGCAGCAGCAGCAGCAACAGCAGCAGCAACACUACAAUUACCACGCAAUCCUGCCCGCGCCACCCAAACCCCAGACGGAUCAGCAGCCAUCGUCAUCCUCCAAUUCGACGGCGUCCUUCUCCCCAUCGUGGCCUGUCGCUGCUCCUUCGGCCCUGUCCAGUCAACAGAGUUCUGCUCCUUCAGACGGGACCAAACCAGUGUCUCUGCCCCCAAACCUGGACGAAAUGAAGGUCGCUGAGCUUAAGUCUGAGUUGAAGCUGCGUAGCUUGCCAGUGUCCGGAACCAAAAACGACCUGAUUGAGAGGCUCAGGACCUACCAGGAGCUGAACGGAGGCAGUGACACUACCGCCUCUACAACAGCAGGGGGUACCACUGGGCUGGGGGCUGAAGGAACAGGGAAAGCCUUGAAAUCUACUGCCACCAGCACUGGUAACAGCAGCUCACAGCAGCAGUUUCAGAGCCACCAGCCAUCCACUCUGGUUACUCAAACAGCUGGUGUUGGUAACAGUAUAGCCUCAUCUACAGCCACUCCUCAGCAGCUCAUCAACUACAACGCCGACGUCUCCCCCCCGUCCAGGUCCCUCCCUCCCCCUGAUCGCUCACCACCCGCCAUUAGCCUACAAGAUACCAAAUGUAAAACUGAUGACUUUGGGGAAAUGUCAUCUUCAUCAUCUGCUCAGCUAAUCGUUAACAUUAAAGAAGAGCUGCCAAGCACCACUCCAGAUCCAGGGUCUUGCCAGUUAUCUGCGAAGCCUGUUUAUUUGCAGAAACAUUGCCCAGUUUCAUUGGCCUCUCCUGAACCAAAAACUACAUCUCCAGUUGUGACUAUGGAUAAAGACAAGAUGUUACAGGAGAAGGAUAAGCAGAUAGAGGAGUUGACGAGGAUGCUGAGGCAGAAACAGAGGCUGGUGGAGGUUCUGAGGAUGCAGCUGGAGCACGGCAACAGAGGACAGGAUCAAGGGCAGGUUUCAGAGACUGUGGUUCUGUUCAGAGUAAAAGAAGAACCUCCUGACAAACCCAGUGUCACCGUUUCCUCUGGCCAUCGACCAUUCCUCCCUGUCACAUCAUCUCUUUUAUGUGACAUAGAUGCUGCCAAAGUAACUAUCAAACAGGAAGCUGCAGAGUCAGAGGGAGAUGUGUCUGAGAAUAAAUUGCCAGACACUCUCGGAUCACAGUCUCAUUCCCAAAUUCAGGAAUCUCAGGAGCAGAUUCAACUCCAAACAAAGUCAGAGCAGACAAACGCGCACAAUAGCCAAGAUCAACAGGUUCGACAGCAGCAGGCGACUCUGCAGCUCCAACAACAGGCCUUACACCGACUCCUCCUCCAGGAACAGCAGCAGAAGAUUCAGAGCCGCAAUCAGAAGUUGGAAAACCAGCAGAACCUGCAGAAAAUGUCUCAGCAGAAGAAGAAGAAAUCUCAAAAACAGCAGCUGAAACAGCAGCAGCAGCAGCAGUUGCAGCAACAGACGCAGUUGAAGCAACAGAUUCUGCUGAAGCAGCAAAAGGUGUUUUUACAGCAGCAAAUCAAACAGCAGCAACAGACUCCGAAAGAGACUAAACCGCAACAACAAGUCCAGAUACAGACCAAGAUACAGCUAAAGCAUCAGCAUCUGCAGAAACAACAGGUGCCGUCAGCCCAGGUGCCUCAGGUGUACCUUAAUCAGCAGUCAGGCUCCACCCCCUCCUCCUCCAUACCACUGGAUCUUCUAAAGAGCGACUCCACCCCUACCCUUGUUACUGACAGCGACGGAAACCACUUCCUGAUUUCACUGACCAGUCACGUCACUGAGAACCAAACACCUAAUGAACCUGAGAGUAAAGCCCCCAACCACAUUACACUGCAGCGAUUACAGUCUACUCCCACCAAGCUCCCAAGUCACAACUCUAUUCAGCUGCUUGAAGCUGAUAAUGAAACCAAACAGAUUAUGCACACAGGAAGUCUGAAACAACAAAUCACAAAGGCUCAUAACAGAGGACUUCAGGUGUGUGUGGACCAGCCACAGCCAGAGGUCACACACAGUUUGUCGGCACCUCCCACCCUGCAGCCUUUCUUCAAGGACCAUGUGACCACAGGGAAAAACCCAGCACUGUCGCCCCCUCAAACUAAGAUCUGUCCUAGUAUGGAUUACUUGUUCAGUCCUCUGUCUCCAGCGGAUUCAUCACCUGAUACUAAAGAUACAGAGCAUGAAGAGGAUUUCAUUGACAUCAUUCUGCAGAGAGGAGAAAUAUCUUCCUUCAAACCAGCUCCUGACCCUUCCCUAGACCAUCUCCAUUCCUCUGCCUCUUCUCCCCCUCCCUCCCCCUUGAAGCUGCUGCUGUCUCCCCCCGUCCCGCCCGGCUGUGACACCCCCCAGUCUACCACAGCACGGCACCAGGCGGCCGAAGCCACAGAGGAGACGCCACGGCUGAGUAGUAACGGGGGGACCGGACGCCUGGAGGACUUUCUAGAAAGCACCACCGGAAAGCCUCUCCUGGGAGUGGAGCCCGGAGGCAUGUUGACUCUGAUCGAUGACCUCCAUAGUCAAAUGUUGUGCACUCCAAGCAUCCUAGAUCACCCCCCUUCUCCCAUGGAUACGCUGGACAUGGCAGUGGAGCCCAUCGGAGGCUUGGGAGAGGACGGGUUGGACAGUAUGGACUGGUUGGACCUGACCAUGGGUGAAAAGACCACCGAGGACUCCCCCACACUGGCCCCUCUAGGCUCCCAGACACCACAGAGUGUCUUCUCCACUGACUUCUUGGACAGUUAUGACCUACAGAUACACUGGGACUCCUGUUUAUAGCAUCGAACAAACACUCACACUUACAUCACACAGGCUGCAGAGAAUCCACUGAUUAAAAAAAAAACUAUAGUUCUGUGGAAACCACUUCUAAGACUUUCCACCUGUGACCAUGGGGUUGGAUUUAAAACAGUAAUCAAAAUCAGUAAAUCUUGAGAAAGCAGAAAGAACAAGAAAAGCGCAGACCCCCCCCCCCCCCGUGUUUGUUUGUUUAUUUGUUUGUUAGCAAGAUAACUCAAAAAGUUAUGGAUGGAUUUUCAUGAAAUUU